AUGGUUUUUGAUGGAGCUUCUAAUGCUCAUGGCAAUGGCGUUGGGGCAGUAAUCACUUCUCUAACUAAUUUCCACCUCCCCUUCACCGCCCGAUUAUGUUUUGAAUAUACAAACAAUAUAGCCGAAUAUGAGGCUUGUAUCUUUGGUAUUGAAGCUGAUAUCGAUCUUAGAAUCAAAAUCCUGGAAGUCUAUGUAGAUUCAGCCUUGGUAAUUAUCCAAGUCAAAGGAGAUUGGGAUACUAGAUAUAAUAAGCUCAUUCCUUACAAAAAGCAUGUCUUUAAACUAGUCACCUACUUCAAUGAAAUGACAUUCCACCACAUCCCUCGAGAAGAGAAUCAUCUAGCUGACGCUUUGGCAACUAUGUCGUCCAUGUUUAAAGUUAAGUGGAUGAAUAAAGCGUCGUCCUUUCACCUGAACUACUUGGAAGAACCUUCUUACUGUCUGGCAGCAGAAGAUGAAGCUGACGGUCAUCCUUGGUUCUAUGACAUCAUGAAAUUAUAA